ACGAGGGACAGUAUGAGGAGACAUGAAAGACAAACAGUGUUACUUUCUGCGUAGUGAUUAGUCCUAUCAACAGCGGCUGGCUGGGGCGUGAGGGACAAACGGUCUCUGCAUAAGCUUCUGCAUACCUCUGACAGAAAGCGGAUAGAGCACAGAGGUAGAGAGAGGGAUGGAGAAUCAGGACAAAGGCACAGAUGCAGUGGCAGAAGGGAAGCCUGAGAAAGAGAAGAAAGUGGGAGAGGUCAGCGAGAACAACAAGUGGACCAAAGACCAGCGCAACACGGAGGAGAAGGGGUCGAGGGAGAGCAGGGGAGAGGGGAAGAGGGAGAGCCGGCGCUCUGGCUCCAUGUGGAAGGGCGGCUGGGCGCUGAGCGAGAGGCUGGCCAUCAACGUUUCGGGCAUGAGAUACGAGACCCAGCUCAGGACGCUGGCCCAGUUUCCCGACUCUUUGCUGGGGGACCCGCGCCGCCGGCUGCGCUACUUCGACCCCCUGCGGAACGAACUCUUCCUGGACCGAAACCGCGUCUGCUUCGAUGCCAUCCUCUACUUCUACCAGUCGGGCGGGCGCCUGCGCCGGCCCGCCAACGUGCCGCUGGACGUCUUCAUGGACGAGCUGCGCUUCUACGAGCUGGGCGAGGACAUCAUGGCGCGCUUCAAGGAGGACGAGGGCUUCCCCAAGGAGGAGGUGCAGCCGCUGCCCAGCAACGACCUGCAGCGGCGGCUGUGGAUGUUGUUCGAGCACCCGGAGUCCUCCUCCGGUGCCCGCAUCAUCGCCAUCGUCAGCGUCAUGGUCAUCGUAGUGUCCAUCCUCAUCUUCUGCCUGGAGACGCUGCCCGAGUUCAGGAACGAGAAGGAUCUGAGAGAGCAACCUCAUCACCACCACCCCCACACCAACUCCUCCGCCCCUAUCUACCCUACCUCCAGCCCCUUCCAGGACCCUUUCUUUCUGGUGGAAACCAUGUGCAUCUGCUGGUUCUCCUUCGAGCUGUUGAUGCGCUUUGCCUGCUCGCCCAGCAAGAUGCACUUCUUCAAGGACGUCAUGAACAUCAUCGACUUCUUCGCUAUCAUUCCCUACUUCGUCACUCUGGGCACAGAGCUGGCCAAGUCCAAGGGCUCCUCCCCGGCCAUGUCGCUGGCCAUCGUCAGGGUCAUCAGGCUGGUGCGGGUCUUCCGCAUUUUCAAGCUGUCGCGCCACUCCAAGGGCCUGCAGAUCCUGGGCCAGACCCUGAAGGCCAGCCUGCGGGAGCUGGCCCUGCUCAUCUUCUUCCUCUUCAUCGGAGUCAUCCUCUUCUCCAGCGCCGUGUACUUUGCAGAGGUCGACCACAAGGACACGGCCUUCACCAGCAUCCCCGAGGCGUUCUGGUGGGCCGUGGUGUCCAUGACGACGGUGGGCUACGGGGACAUGUACCCGGUGACGGUGGGGGGGAAGCUGGUGGGCACCAUGUGCGCCAUUGCCGGAGUGCUGACCAUCUCACUGCCUGUGCCGGUCAUCGUCUCCAACUUCAGUUACUUUUACCACCGGGAGACGGAGUGCGAGGACACGACAGAGUACACCCAUGUGAGCACCUCGCUGUGGGAGGAGGAGGAGGACGAUGAGGAGCAGGAAGGGGACGGCAGUUACCUGCCCCUGGAAGAGGGCUACGGGGGCAUCUGUGUCCCUCUGAAUGGAGCUUUGCUUGGGGGACUAUGCGUGGGGCAGGGGGGAGAACAGAGAGGGGGCAAUGUGUACCUCAGGCAGCCCUUGGUGACCCAGGUUUAAGGUAAAGAACAAACACAGGUGCCGGAACAAAUAUAGUAUUUUAUCUGUGUUUAACAGCGAAAUACUGCAAAGAAAUAAGUGCAAUUUUUACCCACUCGCUGACUGGGCUUGUUUGCACACUGAUAAUGGUACACAGAGCACAUAAAGAGUGAAUAUAAGGGCAGUGGAGAUGACAAUACAUGUUGGAGAGAAGAAAGAGAAAGAGACAAAGAGAGGGAACUGUAUUGCUACAUUACAAUGAAAAAAUAAAAGAUCCUCGUAGAAAUUCUCAUAUAAGUCAUAUCACAAACACGCAAAAUAAAGCAAUGACAUUGACAG